UAUCUUCUACAUCGGUGGCGUUAUAAUUCGUGGUUGUAUAGUGACGUGUCUUAUGUCGUGUCAAAAGUUUAAAGAAUUUUGAGAGGGUGUUAUUUAAAUAAUUACGUCGCGUUUCGAACAAUUAGCAAAGAUAAGAUGUUAACGAAGUUCGAGACGAAGUCUGCUCGAGUGAAGGGCUUGUCCUUUCAUCCGAAACGUCCCUGGGUGCUAGCGAGUUUGCAUAAUGGCGUUAUCCAACUGUGGGAUUACCGCAUGUGCGCCUUGCUCGACAAAUUCGAUGAACACGACGGACCCGUUCGAGGAAUAUGUUUCCAUAAUCAGCAGCCUUUGUUUGUUUCUGGCGGAGAUGAUUAUAAGAUUAAAGUUUGGAACUAUAAACAGCGGAGAUGUAUCUUUACUCUUUUGGGACACUUGGAUUACAUCAGGACCACAAUGUUUCAUCAUGAAUAUCCUUGGAUCCUGAGUGCUUCGGAUGAUCAGACUAUUCGAAUUUGGAACUGGCAAAGCCGCACUUGCAUUUGUGUAUUGACUGGGCAUAAUCAUUACGUAAUGUGUGCCCAAUUUCAUCCUACGGAGGACAUUAUUGUGUCAGCUUCGUUGGAUCAAACAGUCCGCGUUUGGGAUAUUUCUGGAUUGCGCAAGAAGAAUGUGGCGCCAGGCCCAGGAGGUCUCGAGGAUCACCUGAAGAAUCCAGGAGCAACCGAUUUAUUCGGUCAGGCCGAUGCAGUAGUGAAAUAUGUUCUAGAAGGUCAUGACAGAGGUGUAAACUGGGCAUGCUUUCAUGGAACGUUGCCUCUUAUUGUCUCCGGAGCGGAUGAUCGACAAAUCAAAAUGUGGCGGAUGAAUGAUGCCAAGGCUUGGGAGGUAGACACAUGUCGCGGUCAUUACAACAACGUGUCUUGCGUUCUAUUUCAUCCUAGACAGGAUCUCAUUCUCUCUAAUUCGGAGGAUAAGAGUAUCAGAGUCUGGGAUAUGACAAAACGCACGUGUUUGCAUACAUUUAGGAGGGAACACGAGAGAUUCUGGGUUCUUGCUGCACAUCCAACACUUAAUCUUUUUGCUGCCGGUCACGAUUCUGGAAUGAUCAUUUUCAAACUGGAAAGAGAACGUCCUGCGUAUGCAGUUUACGGAAAUCUUCUUUAUUACGUGAAGGAUCGUUUUCUUCGAAAGUUGGAUUUCACCACGUCAAAGGAUACGUCGGUGAUGCAGAUUCGCGGCGGAGGAAAAACACCACCCUACAGCAUGUCGUACAAUCAAGCGGAAAAUAGCGUUUUAAUAUGCACAAGAUCGCCUUCAAAUAUCGAAAAUAGUACUUACGAUUUGUAUAUGAUACCGCGUGAGGGAGAUUCGAGCACUGAUGCUGAUACGAAACGGGCAUCUGGUGUUACUGCCAUUUGGGUUGCCAGAAAUCGAUUCGCUGUACUGGAUAGAGCAUAUUCGUUAGUUAUCAAAAACUUAAAGAAUGAAGUCACGAAAAAGGUGCAAAUUCCAAAUUGUGACGAAAUAUUUUACGCCGGCACCGGUAUGUUGCUGUUGCGCGAUCCAGAACAAGUAACGCUGUUUGACGUACAACAAAAGAGAACUUUGGCAGAAGAAAAAAUCGCAAAGUGUAGAUACGUCGUAUGGUCUAGCGACAUGUCUCAUGUCGCAUUGCUGGCCAAACAUACCGUCAACAUAUGUAAUCGUCGAUUAGAAUCUCUCUGUUGCAUACACGAAAACACCAGAGUGAAAUCCGGCGCUUGGGACGAUUCCGGUGUAUUUAUUUACACAACCAGCAAUCACAUUAAAUACGCAAUUAGCAACGGUGAUUACGGUAUUAUCCGUACAUUAGAUUUACCGAUAUACGUUACGAGAGUAAAAGGCAAUCAAGUAUAUUGUUUGGAUCGAGAAUGCAAGCCAAGGAUUCUGCGAAUAGAUCCAACGGAAUAUAAAUUCAAGCUAGCGCUGAUUAACAGGAAAUACGAAGAAGUUUUACAUAUGGUUCGCACUGCGAAUCUCGUUGGGCAAUCAAUUAUAGCAUACUUGCAACAGAAAGGUUAUCCAGAAGUCGCGCUUCACUUCGUGAAAGAUGAAAAGACUAGAUUUGGUCUUGCGCUUGAAUGCGGAAAUAUCGAAGUCGCAUUAGAAGCGGCGAGAACGCUCGAUCAAAAAUCAUGCUGGGAGAGUUUAGCGCAAACCGCUUUGUUGCAAGGUAAUCAUCAAGUUGUGGAAAUGUGUUAUCAAAGAACCAAGAACUUUGAGAAAUUGGCUUUCCUUUAUCUAAUAACUGGCAAUUUGGAGAAGCUGCGUAAAAUGAUAAAAAUUGCGGAAAUUCGAAAGGACGUAUCUGGACAAUAUCAAGGAAGUUUACUUCUUGGAGACAUUUACGAACGCGCUAAGAUUUUAAGGAGUUCUGGACAAGCAUCACUCGCAUACGUUACUGAGAAAAUUCAUGGAAUAUCAAAUGAAGACGACGAUGGGGAAUAUCAAUCAAUGAGUGAAGAACUUUCUGCGUUGGAAAAAGGUGCCACGUAUCUCCGUCCACCCGUACCUAUUCAACAAGCUGAGAACAAUUGGCCACUGCUGACCGUUUCUAAAGGUUUCUUCGAAGGCGCGAUGAUGUCUCGUAGCAGGACUCAAGUAGCCGCUGCUCUUGCUCUGGAAGACAAUGGUGAGGCUACACCCGAAGGAUGGGGCAAUGACGAGGAACUCGGUAUAGAUGACGAAGAAUGCGUGGAUGCGGAAAUUGCACCGGAAGGUGAAGAGAAUCCUGGAUGGGAUGUCGAGGACGUUGAUCUUCCACCGGAACUCGAAACUGCAGCGACUUCCGACGAAAGCAAUAACUAUGAAUGCCUACCUACUAAAGGAGUGUCACCACCGCAACAUUGGAUUAAUAAUUCUAAAUUGGUAGUCGAUCAUAUAUUGGCUGGAUCAUUUGAGUCUGCUUUUAGAUUAUUGCAUAAUCAGGUUGGAGUAGUGGAGUUUGAACCUUAUCAAUCUCUGUUCUUAAAUACAUACGCCCGCUCCAGAACAUCCUACGCAUGUCUACCGAACAUACCAUCGUUAUAUGGAUAUCCUCAAAGAAACUGGAAGGAUACUAAUUGGAAAGAUGCUGGAUCAAAAACAGGUUUACCUGCGGUAGGAUUACAUCUUGCCGAGUUAGUUCAGCGUCUUCAAGUGUGCUAUCAAUUGACGACAAAUGGCAAAUUUGUCAAAGCGAUAGAAAAGCUGCAAAGUAUUUUACUAAGCGUACCGCUACUCGUUGUUGAUACCAAGCAGGACAUUGCGGAAGCUCAACAACUCGUUCAGAUUUGUCGCGAGUAUAUCUUAGGUUUGAAAAUGGAGAAUCAACGUAAAAGUUUGCCAAGAGCCACAUUAGCGGAACAGAAGAGGAUUUGUGAGAUGGCAGCUUACUUUACACACUGUAAUCUACAACCUGUACAUCAGAUUCUUACUCUUCAAGUAGCUGUAAAUUUGUUCUACAAAUUGAAGAAUUACAAAACCGCUGCUUCAUUCGCGAGAAGAUUACUCGAGCUCGGCCCAAAUCCAGAACUUGCACAAAAAAUCCGGGUUCUAUUACAGUCUUGUGAUAAGAAUCCUGUUGACGAGCAUAAAUUAGUGUAUGACGAACACAAUCCAUUCUCAUUAUGUGCAAGCACGUUCACACCUAUUUACAAAGGAAGACCAGAAGAGAAAUGUCCAUUAUGUGGUGCCAGCUACCAUCCACAGUUUAAAAACACAGUGUGUAAAAUAUGUGAAGUUGCCUUGAUAGGCAAAGAACAUUAAUAUUCUAUUUAUAUCGUUAUCAAUUUGUGUAUUUUUAUUUUAUCAGAGGAGUUGGAAAAUUUUCCUUUCAAAAAAAUCUACAGCUUUAAUUUUAAGAUGUCAUAUAUAUAUACAAUUUUAAUAAUUUAAAUAACUUUAAAUUAGGGAUCACAUGAGAAGUAACUAUUUUUAGCUUUUACAAAAAUAGUUGUACUUUAGCAUUCCAUGAGAUGAAUAGAGAUGAAUUAUAAAUAUUAAAACAAGUAUUAUUCAUCGAAUGUGACAAUUUUUUUUGUAUAUUUUUAUUGUUUUUGUGUUGAUUUACAGAAUUGCUUGGCUUUAUUAUAUAUUGUUAAAAACAGACAUAAAAUUUGUAGUAUAUGCAUUAUCGAAAAUGAAUAUCUCAAACUAGUAUAAUUUAAGAAAAUAAGAUAAUAUUUAUGUAAGAAAAAUGCAAUGUUUACAAAUAAAAUAUUAUAAAUUCUUAUCGA